CGUUACAGCUUGUAAAAUAAAACAACGUUUCACCCCACUUGAUCGGGCAACGAAAAUACUUUUUGCCUCUAGGGACAACCGAGGUCACAUAAUUCAGCUCACUUUUGAGGUAAUCCGCGGGUUAUCUUUUGUGAAGCUACUAAAAUACCCUCAAACCUCCGAUACUGAUUGAUAAGUUAUUUAAUUGGGAACAAUGGAACUAGGGGAUCCGAAUACGUCGUCGUCGUCGGAAAUCAAAGCGAUGGAAAACACGAAAUCUGCUAAAGUAGCACCCUUGAAGRAUCGCACUAUAAAGCGUGAGGAUCGAGACGACGAUGUGMCAUCUCGAAGAGAUCUGAGGGAAGGAAGAGAUGAACCACAUCUAUCGAAGAGUUCAACGCAGUCACCUAAAGCUAGAAAAGGAAAGACUUCCCAACAUCCUUAUAGUAUGCAUGAAGGUUUCCAUCCUUCGUAUCACCAUCAACCCCCUGCAGGAAGAGGAGGACAUUAUCCUGCUCAUCCUGCCAUGCACGGAGGAUCGAGAGGACCACCACCUGGSCCCUAUCWUCCUCCACAUGCACCUCAUCAAUACUUAAAUUAUAAUAGGAAUCCWGGAGCUCCUCAUGAUCAUCACUUUCGAGCUCCUCAUCCACACCAUUAUCAUCAGAUGCCUCCCUUGCCUCAUCCAGGUCAACCGCAUUAUGGUGGACGAAAYGGACAUUAUGGCCAUCCGCCAAAUAUGCCUGGUCGUCCWGGGCCUCCUCCUCCAGGGUAUCAUCACAAUGGAUACGGAGGUCCGUAUCCUGGUCCACCGCCUCCUAUGAGCUAUCACCCUGCCCCACCUCCACAAUCAUAUCAUGGUUCUCAACAAGCGUCUGACUCAAUGUCAAUUUCGUCAAGUAGGAGUAAGAGAUCAWCAAAGUCUCACUCAUCGGAGGGAUCGAGAAAAAAGCGAACGAUAGAGGGCGUUCAUGAUGGAAGUAAAGAGGUUAAGUCUGUUCCGUUGUCUUACUCCUUCCGAAGAACAAAUAGUAGCUGUAGUAACAGUACUGCGACAGCCAGCAAGACCACUGAUCAGUCGAUGACCGAGUCACCGAGUAAGCGUGAGCGAUCAUCAUCUCGAGAUUCAAACUUUCUUCCUCCGAUGCCUCGGUCUGCUAAUAUCUUUGACGAACGGGAGCGUCCAGCUCAUCGAAGGACGAAUUCUGGAAACUCGACAACAUCAAGUUUGAGCGGCGGAGGAUUCUCUCUUUCAUCGUAUGAAGGACCAAAAGGUAUGUUUCUGAAAGGCGAAAAGAACGCAGAAAAAUAUAAUGAAAAUCACCUAAAUCACCUCAUGAAUGUUCUUGUAUAUUUCAAUUUUAUUAGUGGAAGAUGUACCGAUGAUGAAAGCUUCUCCGAAGAGACGGAAGGGGAGCGACAGUGAGCCAGUGUCUAUUGAGAGAGAUACUGAUCCUAGUUCAAUAUUCAAGAGGAAAGGUGGUUCUCGAAUGGCAAAUGCAUCUGAUCAUUCCAUUGACGAUGCCGAAACAUCCCGCUUCAGACAGCUAUCUAUGAAAGACUCAGAGCAGGAGGAUUCAAAUGAAAACAGAAACAUCUUUUUGAGUUUAUCUACGUCACCAAUAAACCAUCGAGAUGUUGACGAAACCCCACUUAAAACGAAUAUCAAUAGAAAGAAAAAUCUCACUCCAAAGAUGACUGUGAAGACUGAUAUGGAUGAGAUCAACGAAAAGCCGCGUCUUGGGUCCUUUACAGACACUCCGACGCCACCAAACAUGCUUCAAAAUGAUUCUAUGACUGAUGAGCACACUCUAAAUAAACAUCUUCGAGGUCAGUCUUUCACUCCAYUGCCACAUGCAGGCGAGACGGGAAUAUCUCCAUCUGCAGCAGCGUUUUCUGCUAUCGCACCAUCUCUAUCAUGGAGUAUAGCUGGGGACACUCCUUCACUCGAAGACUUAGCAGGUUGUAGCUGGGAGGAAAGUAGUGAAAAGGGGGAUAGAAGACGACCAGACUCAACGACUUCUCAUCUGUCGUCAGCAACAGGGAACAUGGUGAUAAGUCCUCACCACUUUUCCCUCUGGAAAGAAGACCAUGAGUCGAAAAAGAAAAACGAGGAAGAUGAAAAUGACAAAGACGAUGGUGAAAGCAUUAGACUCUCAAUGCUGUCUCCUAAUUCUGAYACUGCUAUGUCGCUAGAUCGGGUUGGUGGUACUACGACGCCGCUGCCGAUUUUCUUCCGUGACUCUGGCACUGACGAGCGCGAGAAUCACCACUCAGAUAGACCUGACAAAAAAUCGGUUCAAAGUAAAGAGUUGGGAUCCAAGGCGUCGCAACCAGAACAAUUAUAUCAUUCGAACAGCGUGUUCAUGGACAGGAGGCAGAAACAAGCAACUCCUCAAUUUUUUUCUCACGGACCACCUCGUGAGGGCCUUCCUCCAACACCGGUAUAUGCUGGAUCGAAAACUCAACCGCCACAGUAUCCAAUCUCAAACAUGAGUGGUGCAUAUUCACGUAGCCCUCUACAUGGCGAAAGGCGCGACUAUGGUCACAUGUACGGUGGUCAUCAUCAUCCACCACCAGGGCCACAUAAUGAUAGAAUACGAAAUCUUCGAGGAAGAAUGCCUCCUGGUGCCCAUAUGGCACCAAUGCCGAUUCACAUUCCACCACCUAUGUCGACUCACCAUCCAUUGACGUCUCCCAUGGGAUUGCCUGGUCCGAAGCAAAUGUGGAGUCCACAUCAAAGAGGAAUGGCGCCUCCAAUGGCAAGCCCCCACCACAUGUCACCAAUGGAUAUCACUCAAUCUAAGAGAAAAUGCAUCCCUUUGAAACCUCCGAUCCCAUCAAAGUUCCAAGGUGACAUAGAAAAAUUCAAAGGGGCAACCGUUCCAGAAUUUACGAGUCUAGUGAACUUCCCUGUACACAUGUCUCAAAAACAAGCCGUGAACCUUCCAGAAGGAAUGAGAUGCUGUGUAAUGUGUGGGUCGGCAUGCCCUUGUUCUUCUGGAAACAAGAAGAAAGGCAACGGUUCUCACGGAAGUAAAAAGGACGGAAAGGACUCCUCGGGAGAUAAAGGUGGAUACGCAAUUAUUCCGACGCAGAACAAGGGUCUGUGUACGCUUUGCGAUGUCAAUGUGUGGGUUGUGGCUAAUUCUGGUCUUGAGAUUAAGUGGUGCAAGGGCUGCAAGAACUUUCGACCAUGGGCGGCAUUUGGUGAUAAGGGACUCGCUACCAAGUGUCUCCGAUGUAGAGAACGCCAGAGGGAGAAAUAUGCUUUGCAGAAGGAAGAAAAAGAAAAGGCUAGAUUAUUGAAAACUGCUAAGGCGAAGGCUUAAAAAAAUAUUGCUUUUUGAUCGAUUUUUUUGGCGCUGCACUUGUACGAAAAACGGUGACUCUGUUCGCUGAAGUAACAUAGAAAUAAAUUACUAUCUGGGGA